AAGAGGAAAAACCGUUUAAAAGCAGAGUCCACAACCACAUUUGUGUAGGAAAAAAAAAAGUUCUAGACUUACAAUGGCCAAAGACUCUGGAGAAGUUCAGUUGUUUGGUCUUGGGGGAAGCCCAUUUGUUCGAAGGGUGCAGAUUGCUUUGAAACUGAAGGGUAUCCAAUACACUUACUUUGAAGAAGAUAUUAGAAACAAAAGUGACCUACUUCUCAAAUACAACCCUGUUCACAAGAAGGUGCCUGUGCUUGUCCACAAUGGAAAACCCUUAGCUGAGUCUCUUGUGAUUCUUGAAUACAUCGAUGAGACUUGGGAGAAUUAUCCCAUCUUGCCUCAACAACCCUAUGAAAAAGCCUUGGCUCGCUUUUGGUCAAGGUUCAUUGAUGAUAAGUGUCUGCCUGCAAUAUCUAAGGCUGCAUGGACUAUGGACAAGGUGGAACGUGAAAAGGGCAUUGAAGAAUCAAUUGAGGCUCUUCAGUUUCUUGAGAAUGAGCUCAAGCACAAGUUCUUUGGUGGAGAGACUAUUGGUCUGGUUGACAUAGCUGGUGCCUACUUAGCUUUCUGGCUCCCUGUGAUUGAAGAAGCCGUGGGGUUGAAGUUGCUGAGCAGUGACAAAUUUCCUAAGCUCCAUAAAUGGAGUCAAGAAUUCACCAACAACCCUGUUGUGAAAGAGAACUUGCCCCCAAGAGAUAAACUAUUGGGCUUUUUCAAAGCUCGAUAUGCUGCAUCCAUCACAACUUCAAAAUAGACCAAAUUUGGGUAUGAGAGAGAUCAUAAUUCAGAGAAUUAUUAGUAAUAAAUCUUGUUAGGAAUUAUGACUCUAGUUGAGUUAGAAGAACCCCGGUGAUAGAGUUACUUCUUUACAUCUGAAUUUUCAUGUAUCUCUAAGUUUUAAUAAUAAAUGCGGUUUU